AUGUCUUUGCUUGUUUUGUCGGGUUUUUCACAUCACUUCGACAGUAUUUCUGUCAUUUUGCGACGCCCGGCUUAUAACAAGUGGAGGAAGAUCCAAGAAUCCCACCUGAGUUACACAGACAGACAACUUGGUAGAACCACUGACCUACCGCAAGCCAGCCGGUGGCUUCCUCACAUAAGGAUAUUCACUCCUUUUGGGAUUCACACCCACAGCAGUGAGGGGCUAGAGAUUAUGAGUCAGAAUGAUGAGAUGCAGGAGAGGUCUCCAAGUGAUGAUUCCCAGCAAGGGUACCAGUCGCCAAAUGCUGUAACAUCCAAUACUGACAGACAGCUCAAUGGGUCAAAUGAUGAAAUGGUGAGGUCGUCCAGUGGUGAUGAAUGUGAUGAUGGUCAGCUAGGGUACCAGUCGUUGGUAGUUCUACAACCCCACCCCGACAUACAUCAAAGUGUUGCCGAGGAGUUCCGAAUGCUAUUGACAUUCAUUUUCAGGAAUGACCAAACGUGCUUAUUUGGCCCACCCUCGACAGGAACCGCCAUCGUUCCUGAUGCCAACUUCCGGCUGCCGACUGAUCCUGGUCACAACGAUGACCUUGAACUACCGGGCCAGGCGUAUGACCCGGACCAGCAGUGUCGUCUUAUCUGGGGAGAUGGGUCGUAUUUAUGUAGGGGUGCCGAGUUCGGAAACGCUUCCACACUGUGUCAGGCCAUAUAUUGUCGGGACCCCUCCUCUCCCACAGAUUGUGUGCUGCACACGGCCGCCAGGGGUACUUCCUGUGGGCACAAACGGUGGUGCGUUCACGGCGAAUGUGAAUUCUCAAACGAGGCUCCCGAAUUCAGAGACUCGUGCGUGUUAGGAGACCAACCAGGCCCUGCAUUCAACUCGAUGACUUGCGCGGAGCUGGCUGACCAAUGGCCAGCUUACUGCUACCAGGAUAAGGUCCGAGCCCGAUGCUGUCGCUCAUGUUCAGCAGUCGCCACGCCCAUCACAAAUUGCGCAUACGGAGACCGUAUCCAAGGUUGUCGCCCCUGGCACUGCACGCAAACGACGGGUGCUAGCAGUUCCAUCCUGACCGACUGCUGCCACACAUGUCAGACAGGCAAACAUUUGAACCCGACACAUUUCACGCCAACGGAAGAGAAGGUUGCCAAAGACUCAACAACAACAACACCUAUUGUUUCUCAAAAUCGAUCGUGCGAUGAUGUCCAUGUGGUGUCCAGUGGCAUGAGCUGUCCGUGGUAUAUAGAUAGACAUGGGUCACAUGUCUGCUACACGCCGGUGGUCGCAACCAAUGGCUGCAAAUCCUGUACGGAUAUUAGGGUCGACUUUGAAGGUUGUGCGUAUGGUGACAAAGUACCCAGCCUGUGUGUCCUGGUCGCCAACUUGACUAACCACCAGUGUGUCCAGCGCUCUGGCCACUGCUGUCAAACUUGUCGGACAAUAACCACACCACUUCCGGAGCUCAACCGUGCCCUAGGACAUAAUAGCUUAACAUAUUGUGUUUAUUUAUUAUUAAUAUUAUUGUUUUCAUUUAGGUUAUUCUAAGUUUUUCUUUUAUAUUCAUUUAGUUUAUUCUAAUAAACAGUCAGACCAUAUUGGCCGGAAAAGCUUUUUUUUGCCAUAAUAACGCAUACUUAAGUGUGUUUAUACAUGUUUUUCUUAUUAUUUAUUUAUUUAAGAAUUACCUUAACUGUUUGGAUUCGUCAUCGAUCUUUAGCAUCGUUGUAUAAAGUUGAUUAUUAUAUGAUCUUGUUUCCGAACUCGAUGUUUU